AUGAGCACAUCCGGAGAUAAAUCUGGAUCUUCGCAGAGAAAGCUAGGCCGUCGCAGUAUCCCAAUGGAAAAGAUAGAAAAGAAGAGCAACCUUGAAGUGACUUUCUCUAAACGUCGAGCAGGAGUUUUCAAAAAGGCGAGUGAGCUUUGCACUUUGACGGGUGCAGAGACCGGGGUCGUAGUGUUUUCGCCUGCUGAUAAUGCUCAUUCAUUUGGACAUCCUAAUAUCAACUCAAUUACCGAUAAGUUCAUCUCGCCGGAGAACAUCAACACAGGGGAUCAAUGGAGGGAGGGUCGUGAUUUGGCUCGGAUACGGCAAACUGAGCUAGAUGCUCUGGCCCGAGUUGAGGCAAGGCUAGCUGCUGAGAAAGCACGGGGAGAAGAGCUGGAGAAGUUUAGGAAGGAGAGUAUGAUACCCCUUGGAGGCCCGGAUCUGGAUGGACUCGGAUACGAGCAACUACAAUUGUUGAAAGAAGCUAUAACAAACUUUGGAAAGGGUUUGAAAUAUAUGACUGGGCAAAUGCCGGUUGCUCCAAUAGCACCCAAUGUGGGCAUGAAUCAUCCAUUUAGAGUGAAGCCAAACACCAUCAUGCCAUACAAUCAAUUCUCUGGAGAAAGUGGAAGUGGCAACGGCAGCGGCAGCAGCAGUGGCAAUGACAAUAACAAAGGUAAAUGCAAAGGCAAAGGCAAAGCGAAAGGCUACAACUAA